AUGAAGUUCACCUUGGGCCUGGGGUCGCGGGCCUGGAGAGUGUCCUGGGAGCGGGCGGCGGCGGCUGCGGCGGCGGGCCCUGGGGCGGGCGGCGCGCUGGGCAGCGGCUCACUGCGCGUCUCCUGCCGCCGCGGCCCUCGGCUCGCGCGCGCCCUCCCUCUAUGCCUCUCCGGCGGUGGCGGCGCCCGAGCUCUCCCGGACUUCGCCGGGCCCAGCCCCCGCCGCUCCGGCGCCAGGCAGCUGGCCGGCCCGCGCGCGAUGGAGCAGACGUACGGCGAAGUGAACCAGCUUGGUGGUGUGUUCGUCAACGGCCGUCCCCUGCCCAACGCCAUCCGCCUACGCAUCGUGGAGCUAGCACAGCUGGGUAUCCGACCCUGUGACAUCAGUAGGCAACUGCGGGUCUCUCACGGCUGCGUGAGCAAAAUCCUGGCGCGCUACAACGAGACCGGUUCCAUCCUGCCCGGGGCCAUUGGGGGCAGCAAACCUCGAGUCACCACCCCCAAUGUAGUGAAGCACAUCCGGGACUACAAACAGGGCGAUCCUGGCAUCUUUGCCUGGGAGAUCCGUGACCGACUACUGGCUGACGGCGUCUGUGACAAGUACAACGUGCCCUCUGUGAGCUCCAUCAGUCGCAUCCUGCGAAAUAAGAUUGGCAGCCUAGCGCAGCCAGGGCCAUACGAAGCAAGUAAGCAGGCGCCGCCUCAGCCUGCGCUGCCCUACAAUCAUAUCUACCAGUACCCCUACCCCAGCCCAGUGUCACCCACAGGCACUAAGAUGGGCAGUCAUCCCGGGGUCCCCGGCUCGGCGGGCCAUGUCAGUAUCCCGCGUUCAUGGCCCUCUGCACAUUCAGUCAGCAACAUCCUGGGCAUCCGGACGUUUAUGGAACAAACAGGGGCCCUGGCCGGGAGCGAAGGCGCUGCCUACUCCCCCAAGAUGGAAGACUGGGCGGGUGUAAACCGUGCCACCUUCUCCACCUCGCCAGCAGUGAAUGGACUCGAGAAACCGAACUUGGAGGCAGACAUUAAAUAUACUCAGUCAGCUUCCAGCCUCUCCGCAGUGGGCGGCUUCCUUCCUGCCUGCGCCUACCCGGCUUCCAACCAGCACGGAGUAUACAGCGCUCCAGCAGCCGGCUACCUAUCUCCCGGCCCGCCCUGGCCACCAGCCCAGGCACCCCCGCUGGCUCCCCACGGAGCUGGUGUGGCGGUGCACAGCGGGGAGCUUGCAGCGGCAAUGACCUUCAAACACCCCAGCCGAGAAGGGACCGACAGGAAGCCCCCCAGCCCGGGAGGCAAGGGCACGGACGCACUCGGUAGCUUACACGGACUGCCCAUCCCGGCCUCGACCUCCUAG